AUGGAUCCCUCAUAAUGUUGUUGUAUUGCUGAAAUAAGUGUCUAUGGAGGCGAAGAUCCUUCUUGCCUAAAGGGUGAUCACCUUGUUUUAAGCAUAGAAGAACAACUGAUUUACAGUUGGUUAGAAGAAAAAGGGAUUAGCAUGGCUAAUCCUGUAGAUAAUAUCUACUCGUAUUUCGAAAAUAAAAGAUAAAGCGUAUUGAGUGCUUAAAGUCUUUCUAAAAAACCAUCUUCUCUUUUAUCUCGUAGAAAGAAUUAACUAAAGGCAAGUCCUUUGAUGAACAAUGAUAGCUCUCCUUUUAUUAAAUUUUCUUUAGAUAGUGGUAAAGAUAAAAUUAGCGAACUAUCCCAAAUUCCAGAUAGAUUUUCUUUCUCAUCCUUGUAAUCUUUCGAUUCAAGUAGUAACGGUCUUAACUGA